AUGGAGGAACACCUGUCUAACAUCCAUCCUUCCUCCUCUCCAAGUGAAUCUUCAGGGAGCACCGACUGCGACAGCAGAGGAGCAAAGAGUCCAGCCCCGGGUAAAGCCCUGAGUCCAGCCCUGCUCUGUAAGGUCUGUGGGGACACCAGCAGUGGAAAACACUACGGCAUCUACGCCUGUAACGGCUGCAGUGGAUUCUUCAAGCGCAGCGUCCGACGGAGACUCAUAUACAGGUGUCAGGCUGGUACGGGCAUGUGCCCAGUGGAUAAGGCCCAUCGUAACCAGUGCCAAGCCUGUCGGCUGAAGAAGUGCCUACAGGCAGGCAUGAACAAAGAUGCUGUCCAGAACGAGCGUCAGCCCCGCAGCACGUCUCAGGUGCGUCUGGACUCCAUCGACAUGGACACAGACAAGGAGCACCUGUCCACCACACGGGAUCCCACUUCCUCUUCUUCCUCCUGCUCAGUGAUCACCCGGCCUCACAUCACCUCCACCUCAAUCAGCUCGUCCUCUGCCCCACCACAGCGCUGUGGACCCCCCAGCCCACAGAACAACCACCGCUUCAUGGUCAGCCUCAUGACCGCUGAGACCUGCGCUAAACUGGAGCCUGAGGAUGUUGAUGAGAACAUUGAUGUGACCAGUAACGAGCCAGAGAGGGAAUCCUCAGACUACCACAUGUCCCUGUACCCUUCCAGUACAGAGAAUGUGUACGAGACGUCAGCCCGGCUUCUCUUUAUGUCUGUUAAAUGGGCCAAGAACCUGCCAGUGUUCUCCAAUCUCCCCUUCAGAGACCAGGUAAUCCUGCUGGAGGAGGCAUGGUCUGAACUCUUCCUGCUGUGUGCCAUCCAGUGGUCUCUCCCCCUGGACAGCUGUCCUCUGCUGUCCCUCCCCGACCUGCCCCCACCCACCACGCAGAGUAAGACAUCCUACACCAGCGUGGACCUGCGUCUGCUCCAGGAGGUCUUCAGUAGGUUCAAAGCCCUGGCCGUAGACCCCACUGAGUUUGCCUGCCUCAAGGCCAUCGUCCUCUUCAAACCAGAGACCCGAGGUCUGAAGGACCCAGAGCAGGUAGAGAACCUACAGGAUCAGUCCCAGGUGAUGUUGGGACAACACAUCAGAUCACAUUACUCCAGUCAGCCUGCCAGAUUUGGGAAGCUCCUCCUGCUGUUGCCCUCUCUGCGUUUCGUCAGCUCUGAGCGGAUCGAGCUCCUCUUCUUCCACAGGACCAUCGGCAACACCCCCAUGGAGAAACUUCUGUGUGACAUGUUCAAGAACUAA